GUAACUUUUUAUCGAUCAAUCGCAUGUGGACACAUCACAUGUGGAUGCCAUUGUCAUCGUCCACAGCGACGACGGUAUAAGAUCUCGCAACAUUUAAAAAAAAAAACUGUCUCGCCAUCAGUAGUAACAAUGGCUAACCAAGGCACAGCCUUAUGCACUCCCCCUCUGCCAUCUCCCUCCAAAUCUCGCUGUCAUCCAGUACCUCUACGGCUACAAAGCCUUGGAGUUGAUCCGAGCCUUCUAGUCGGAAAGGUACUAAGGAAACUAAGCCGUUCUUCAAAACAUCCUACUUUAACCCUGGAUUUCUCGGACAACACUACAUUUCAAAUUCUUGUUGAUGGUUAUGACCCUGUUCAUAGAGGUCUUCCAAAGGAACUUGAAAUGGACUCGUCUCUAGAGCAGCUUCUCACAACAGGGCAAGCGCACGUACAGUGGACAAUCAAAGAUUGUGCUCUCAUAACCUUGACAGACAAGGCAUUCGAGUCGAGAGAGAGGGAACAACGGUGGGACCAGAAUCACACCGGAGUCGCAUUUCGCUUCGUUGAAGACCAGAUGUGGCAUUGCGUAUGGGCCACUCUGACGGAUCAUGACCACGGCAUAUGCGUCUUUCGCAGCUAUGACGACGUUUAUAUUGAUCAACUACAUCGUUUUCCUCGAAAACGUCGUGCAAACGCACCCGACUCUCCCAUAGAUCUUCGCUGAUCCAUGUCACUGUCACAUUGAUCAAGUCCCCCUUAGCAUGAGGUUUCUUAUUUAAAAGAUAUUUACCUUCUGUCCACCCAUAAAUCUUCAAGUUGCAUCUGUACCACUACUGUAUCUCAUACACACCAUCGGACUACGCCAUCGGACUACGCACCGUGCAAUUUCAAGGAUGUUGAUCAUCUCAUGGCCUCCGGGGACUUUUGCUUCUAUAGCGCAGAACUGUUGGGAAGUAGUCGCCAGUGUAUACCAGAUCGAAACGUCAACGAAAGAAGGCAAGCGUGAUACCAAGUCGCCGGGUGACCAUUCCCAGUCCACACUCGAUCGGCGAUCCACGCAUGUAGCUAUAAAUUGUAUUGCGCGCUCAUGAUCACACCAUACCAUUCCCGGUGUCUGCUGUGUUAUGAAGACUGACAAAUUCCGACGUUGCGUGC